AUGUUCAAGACCACACUACAACGUGGGUCACUAACACCAUUGAUGAGCAGUAUACGAGGCACUGCGAAGGGUGUCAAGAUCUUGAACCCAUCUGCUGACUUGCUACCAUAUAAAGGCGAACCAGUAACAAACAAACCUGUGAAGGUAGCUCUGGAAUCUGGAAAGUCGUACUCAUGGUGCUCAUGUGGUUUGAGUAAAGUGCAGGUAGCUCUGGAAUCUGGAAAGUCGUACUCAUGGUGCUCAUGUGGUUUGAGUAAAGUGCAGAAUAUGAUUUCCUAUUGUUCUGGUUGCAUUUCCUGCCUUGAAAGUGAUAUCAUUCGUACUGCUUAUAAUCGCGAUACUGCUAUGGUAGACGCUAUGGGCUUAAUGGGAAUCCAGGAUCCAUUUUAG